AUGGAUACCACAGAAGAAGAGAGAGUACCCAUGGGAGCUGCUCCGCAUGAACUUUCUUCGAAAACGUUUAAACGGACUCCAAAUGGGCUUGUUUUCAGUGAAGAUUUGAAAAGAGUGUUCUCUAUCAUGUUGAUAUCUCUGGAUUUGAAGGAAAGGCCUAACACGGCAAGCAAGAAUCUCUUAUUGCCAACAUUCCAGAGAAAUUAUCCAUUUUCGUUUGGUUUGAAGGAUGCAAUCGCCAAGAUGGAGAAUUUGACACUUCAGGUAGACAUGAAUACCACAAAAGUGUGGGUUUCUUAUUCGAUACAGCCGGAGCUGGGUCGAAGAAUGCUAAGAACUUUUAUGGAUGCCAAAUUGUUGCAUAUACCGGCAGACAGAACUCGUUGUGUGCUCAAGGACGGCGUUGCUAUCCAACCGACACCUAAGGGAGUAGCAGUACUACAGCGAUUUGUGCGUCACACGGGUCUCAAAGAUAUACCAGCGAUUCUAAAAUCGGAUUUGAACACCAUGGAGUUGUUCACUUUUGAAAGAAGUUCGAUGACUGAUGCCAUAAUACACAGUGACUAUUUUGUCUCUCUACUGUUUUCGAAGCUUAUGGGACCCAUGAAAAAUGUGUGGUCUCCAGAUAACGGUCCCGAUGAAGCACCGACGCUGGCAAAGCUUUUGGAACGCUCCGAUGACACUUUCAGCUUCGAAACCGCGAACAUGUGUUGGUCAGACCCAAACACGGACGAUAGCGGUGCUGCGUUCAAUGCACAUCCUGACGCGCAGCAUAUUCCCAAUGCACACGAUGAGCAUCGCAUUUCUCCUCUGGCUCAUCGAUUUUUUACGAACCCUGACUCUACAUCCCAUGCUCAGUACUAUACCUCAAACAGUGGCCUGAGGCUGUUCACAGCAAAAACAUUCGGAGAGGCUCGAGUCUUGUACGAGUGUACGUUCUCCACAAAGGCCGUAUGGCAAUGGCUCAUGGACUGCACGGAUAUCAUGUACCCAAAAGAAGCAGUGACCAUUUCUUCACUCUUUUUGAGAAACGGUCUCAUAAAGCCCAUAAACUUACCACCAUCGGGUAAUCACAAGCAUAAAUUUUCCAUAGGGCUCAAUUGUUAUUUCACCUUGACGCAACUAGGUUGGGAAAGUGUGCAAUGGAGGACAGAAGGAGGCAUCAAAAAGUUUCUUGUCGGGUCCGGUUUGAGAAAGCAAUCAGAAGGCGAGCCGAAGAGUAAAGAGGGCCAGCAAACUUCGACAGAAUCAGCAGCUAGCACGGACACCGAUCGAAAGCCAGGCUACUUCGCAGACUUGACUCAUGUUUUGCGCGAUCCGGGAAUGAGAUAUUUGUUUCGAAGACACCUCGAAAAGGAAUUUUGUCCUGAAAACCUUGACGUGUACAUUGAGAUCAAAAAGUUCCUCAAAAGAAUGACUGUUUUGAAAAAUCUCUUGGACACCAAGACGGCCAGGGAACCAGAUAAUGUCGAUGUGAUGACUUCCAAACAUUUCAGUGAUCUUGUGGUUAAUACAAUCAACAACGCUCUUUUCAGACAAGCAAACGAGUGCUUAGAGACUGCCUAUGAGAUUUACUCAUCGUUCAUCACACCUGGCGCACCGUAUCAGCUGAAUAUCGAUCAUUCGCUUAGAGAGUCGAUAACAGAGGUGAUUUUGUUUCCCCAACCAUGCAUGUUCAUGUCGCGCAUAGGAGAAAAUGCUCGAACAAAAAAAACAAUGGACCUAGUAGAUAACGGAAUAGACUCGACAACUCCGGAUGAACCGUUGCCGCAGUCAGGAAUCCGAGUAAACCUGUCCCAACAUAGAGAUCACCAAAAUGGUGAUAAUAAGAUUUCUACGCAGCGGUCUCUCUCUGAAGACCUCGAGGGAAAAAGUUUUUCAAGCAUCUUGAAGACUCUAAGGCUGAUCUAUCCACUUUUCGAAAGAGUGGCAGAUUCGAUGUUUUUACUUAUGAAGAUCGAUUCGCUUCCGAAAUUUAUAAAUUCCGAACUGUAUCAAGAAGCCGCGGUAAUGCUGAAUUUUGAAGCAAAAAAUGCAUAG